AUGGCCAUCCAGCGAUCGUUUACAUUCCCGUCUGUUUUGCCAACAUGGCAUCUUGGUCACAUGGUCAAAGCAAUGCGCGAUAUGAAGCAACGAAUGAAGGAUGUCGACGUAGUCAUCGAAACCAGAGAUGCCCGGCUACCCUUGACCAGCAUCAAUCCAGUAUUCGAGGAGAUCCUUAAAGGUCCUCCGGCCAAAAACCAAUCCGCGUCCUCAUCAUCUUGUUCACCCGUCCGAUUGAUCGUUUAUAACAAGAAGGAUUUGGCAGACCCUCGGCUGGAAAAGCCGCUAAAGGACGCAUUUAAAAACCACGGCCAGACCGUAUUUUUCACUAACUCGAGAAUCGACGAAGACGUGAGGCAGAUACUCCGCCUAUCGAAGGAACUUGCUUGCCCUAGAAUUCUUUCGCGUUAUGGUAGAGCUGUGUCAUCCUCCGAUGCACCAUCUGAGAACCCUGCCCAGUCCCAAUCUCGAAACAAACCUAGUCAGUCUUUGGAUCCUAAUAGAGGAAUUCGAAUCAUGUUUUGUGGGAUGCCGAACGUUGGCAAAUCUAGCUUAUUGAACGCAUUAAGAAGAGUAGGGUGUCAAAGAGGCAAAGCGGCGUCUGAGGCACCCAUGCCAGGUCACACUCGCUCCAUCGGUGGCAUGGUCAGGGUUUCUGAAGGUUCUAAACAAACGGCUGGUUGGCCGGUAUAUGCAUUUGAUACUCCUGGGAUCAUGGUUCCAUAUUUAGGCCAAGGCGAUGAGGCUGGUGAUAGAGCGUUCAAGAUGGCUAUCACAGCCGGCAUCAAAGAAGAUCUUUUCGACCCUUAUGACCUAGCAUCAUACCUCUUCCACCUUCUUCUCCUGCGAUAUUCUUCGCCUUCUGACUCCAUCCUGAGGAUAUCCGGAAUUCUGAAGCUCCCUCCGUCUUUUGCUCCGUCCAUCAGCAACGAUAUUGAUGCUUCUCAACCUUUACCCACGGAGAAAUUGCUCUCAGCAAUUGCGGAUCGCAUCAAAGCUGUCCAAGUCGGCGGGGCUCCGAAUAUGGAGGCAGCGGCUCAGUGGAUGCUCAAAUGUUUUCGGGACGGGCGAUUUGGAGGCUGGACACUGGAUGAUGUUGGUCAACGAUCCAUUGGCGCAAACUCCUGCAACAGUUCAGAAACCUCAAUUUUCGGGCUGAUUGAAUCAAGUAGCACAACAGAGCAAUCACUUCACUCCACAGAAGGUCGUGCUCAGUUGGAGGAGAGUUCAUCGCACAUCGGAGGCUGCAUAUCGAGUUACUUCGCGUCGGACCGUACAUCUCCAAAGAGUAAAACAGCUAUCAAAAUGGAAGCGAGGAGAGCUAAAACAGAUGUCCAGCGUGCUCACAAAGAACUCAAACUCGCAAAACAUCGACCUCAUCAACAUUCUCGGGCAUGA